GAAGAGGCAGCGGCUCGGGAGCAAUGGCACGGGGAAGUCUGGGUCUCCUCCUGCUCCUCAGCGCGCUGGCCGGCCGGGGCAGCAGCCAAGCUGAGCAGCGGCAGCGGACGCCGCCGCCGCCGCCGGAGCGAAGAGGAUUAUUUCCAGCAGUGCUGAACCUGGCUGCCAAUGCUAUCAUCACAACCAAUGCUACUUGUGGAGAAAAAGGCUCUGAAAUGUAUUGCAAACUAGUUGAACAUGUACCUGGACAACCAGCAAGAAACCCCCCACAGUGUCGUAUUUGUGACCAGAACAGUAGGAUUCCACAUCAACGACAUCCAAUAACUAAUGCAAUUGAUGGGAAGAACACUUGGUGGCAGAGUCCCAGUAUCCAAAAUGGGAUAGAAUAUCAUCAUGUUACCAUUACAUUGGACCUUCGACAGGUAUUCCAGAUUGCAUAUGUUAUUGUGAAAGCAGCUAAUGCCCCUCGACCUGGGAACUGGAUUUUGGAGCGUUCACUGGAUGGUGUUAACUAUCAGCCAUGGCAGUAUUAUGCUGUAACAGACACAGAAUGCCUGACACGUUACAACAUUCAUCCCCGCAGAGGGCCUCCAUCCUAUGCAAAAGAUGAUGAAGUUAUAUGCACUUCAUUUUACUCCAAGAUCCAGCCACUGGAGAAUGGAGAGAUUCACACAUCACUGAUCAAUGGACGACCUAGUGCUGAUGAUCCUUCCCAAGUAUUGCUGGAAUUCACCUCAGCUCGCUUUAUUCGACUGAGGUUUCAGAGGAUACGGACACUGAAUGCUGAUUUAAUGAUGUUUGCACACAAAGAUCCCAGUGAAAUUGACCACAUAGUUACAAGGAGGUAUUACUAUUCUGUAAAAGAUAUAUCUGUUGGAGGCAUGUGUAUCUGUUCUGGCCAUGCAAGGGCUUGUCCUUUGGAUCCAGCAACUAACAGAUCGACUUGUCAAUGUGAGCACAACACAUGUGGAGAAAGAUGUGAUCAUUGCUGUCCCGGUUUUAAUCAAAAGCCCUGGCGAGCUGGGACAUUCCUGGUCAAGUCUGAGUGUGAAGAAUGCAAUUGUCAUGGGAAGACUAAGGAAUGUUACUAUGACCAGAAUAUUGCAGACAGAAAUCAGAGUUUGAAUAUCCAUGGAGAAUACACUGGGGGUGGACUGUGUAUUAAUUGUACACACAACACUGCAGGCAUAAACUGUGAGACCUGCACUGAUGGCUACUUCAGGCCGAAAGGGGUAUUACCAGAUGACCCUAACCCGUGCCGGCCAUGUUCCUGUGAUCCAGUUGGGUCUUUACAUGCUACUUGUGUCAAGGAUGAGAAACGUGUGGAAGGAGGCAUGCUCCCUGGAUUCUGCCACUGCAAGACUGGCUACGCAGGUAAAAGCUGCAAUCGAUGUGCAUUGGGUUACAAGGGUUAUCCUGACUGCGUGAGCUGUAGCUGCUCUGUGAAAGGCAGCUUGAAUGAUGACCCUUGUAUAGGAUCCUGCAUUUGCAAGGAAAACGUUGAAGGAGAAAACUGUGAUCGUUGUAAACCAAGUUUCUUCAACCUGCAGCAAGAUAAUCCCAGAGGCUGUGAGGAGUGUUUUUGUUCAGGGAAAACAAACAUCUGUAUAGACUCUCACUGGACCUACAGCGGUGUAGGAGACAUGAAUGGCUGGUAUCUGACUGACGUACCUGGUCUCCUUCGAGUUACACCUCAGCAGGACAGUUUUGGUGGACCUCAGCAGCUUAGCAUCAGUAAUGUGGCUGCCAGAAGAGUGCUGCCGCUGAUUUAUUACUGGAGUGCACCCAGUCCUUAUUUGGGCAACAGAAUAACAGCUGCUGGAGGGCAUCUGAAAUUUACCGUCUCCUAUGAGCUCACAGGACAGGAAGAAGCUAUUCAAACAAUACUGGAGUCUGAUAUCAUCAUAGAGGGAGCUGGCUUAAGAAUCAGCACUUCAAAGGAGGGCAUUCACCUGCAGCCAUUUGAAGAACACACUGAAGAAGUUGUGCUGAAACCGGACUUAUUUACUGUGCACGGCACUGACUCUCCAGUCAGCAAAAGGGAAUUCAUGACUGUGCUGGCAAAUAUAAAGAGACUCCUCAUAAGAGCCACAUACAGCUAUGGGAUCGCUGCCAUCUACAGGUUGAGUGGGGUUAGCCUUGAAGCUGCUGAUCGCUAUUCAACUGGUAGGAAGGUGGCGUCUGCUGUGGAGGUUUGUCAGUGUCCUCCAGGGUAUGGUGGUACCUCCUGUGAAAAGAAAGAUCAAGUUAAUGCUUCCUCUAAUCUCACACCUACCAAUAAAGCUAAGUCUUGUUGGCCUAGACACAGACGAGUGAACGGCACUAUUUUCGGUGGGAUCUGUGAACCAUGCACAUGCUUUGGUCGUGCAGAAUUCUGCGAUGACAUCACAGGAGAAUGCAUGGACUGCAAGUACAAUACAGGUGGCCCAUACUGUGAUAGAUGUCUUCCUGGUUUCUAUGGCGAUCCUACUAAAGGGACAAAUGAAGACUGCCAGUUGUGUGCCUGCCCAUUAACUAUACCUUCUAACAACUUUAGCCCAACAUGUCAUUUAGACCGAAGUCAUGGAUUGAUAUGCGAUGAAUGCCCUCCUGGGUAUGCAGGACCACGCUGUGAGAGGUGCGCAGAUGGCUAUUUUGGACAACCUUUAAUACCAGGAGGAUCAUGCCAGCCCUGCCAGUGUAAUGACAACCUUGACUUCUCCGUUCCUGGCAGCUGUGACAGCUUAUCUGGAGCUUGCCUGAUAUGUAAACCUGGUAUAACAGGUCAAUACUGUGAAAGGUGCGCUGAUGGAUAUUUUGGAGAUGCUCUUGAUCCAAAGAAUUGUCAAUCGUGUCAGUGCAACAUCAAUGGCUCAUUCUCAGAGAUCUGCAACUCUCAGACAGGGCAGUGUGAGUGCAAGCCCAAUGUUGUGGGGCGUCGCUGUGAUGAGUGUAAGCCUGGAACAUUUGGUCUACAGUCGUCUAGAGGAUGUGUUCCCUGUAACUGCAAUUCUUUUGGUUCCAAAUCCUUCGACUGUGAUGAGAACGGACAGUGCCAUUGCCAGCCUGGCGUAGCAGGAAAGAAAUGCGAUCGCUGUGCUCAUGGGUUUUAUAACUUUGAAGAAGGAGGAUGCACUCCUUGCGAGUGUUCCCAUCUUGGUAAUAAUUGUGAUCCAGUCACUGGCCGCUGUGUGUGCCCUCCCAAUACCAUAGGAGAGAAGUGUGAUAAAUGUGCACCAAAUUACUGGGGUCAUGACAUUGUCAGUGGGUGCAAGGCCUGUGACUGCAGUGUGGUUGGAUCCCUCAGUUUCCAGUGUAAUCUAGAUACAGGGUGCUGCUCCUGCCACCCUAAAUUCUCUGGGGACAAAUGCACGCUGUGCAGACCGGGAUAUUGGAAAUACCCACAGUGCAUUCUCUGUGACUGCUUUCUGGCAGGGACUGAUCCUCAGACUUGUGAUGCAGAGAUGGAACAAUGUUCAUGUGUUGAUGGUACAGGGCAAUGUAGCUGCAAGGUUAACGUGGAAGGUGUCCGUUGUGACAGGUGCAGGUCUGGAAUGUUUGGACUCUAUGCCAAAAACCCACUUGGCUGCAACAGCUGCUAUUGCUUUGGCCUGACUACUCAGUGCAGUGAGGCAAAGGGGCUGAUCCGCAUGUGGCUGACCUUGAAGCCAGAACAGAUGGUUCUGCCACUGGUAGAUGAAAACCUUCAGGACAGUACUACCAGAGGGGUUGUAUUCCAGCAUCCAGAGAUAGUAGCUAACAUUGAACUGGUGAUGCAAGAUCUCCAAUCAGAACCUAUUUACUGGAAACUUCCAGAGCAGUUUGAAGGACGAAAGCUGACUGCCUAUGGAGGGAAACUGAAAUAUGCUAUCUACUUUGAAGCACGCGAGGAGACGGGUUUUGCUACCUAUAAUCCCCAGGUCAUCAUCAGGGGUGGGCCUCCCACAAGUACUAGAACUAUCAUCCGGCAUAUGGCUGCUCCUUUGAUUGGUCAGCUGACAAGACAUGAGAUAGAGAUGACAGAGCAUGAAUGGAGAUAUCAUGGUGAUGACCCAAGAGUCAGUAGUACUGUGACACGUGAGGACUUCUUGGAUGUGCUGUACAACAUUCAUUACAUUCUUAUUAAGGCUUCUCAUGGCAGUAUCAUGAGACAAAGCAGAAUUUCUGAGAUAUCGAUGGAAGUUGCUGAAGAAGGCAGUGUGUCAAGAAUGAGUCCCCGUGCUCACUUGAUUGAGAAAUGUGACUGCCCACUGGGCUAUUCUGGCUUGUCAUGUGAGGCGUGUUCUCCAGGAUUUUAUAGACUGCCUUCUAGAUCAUUUGGCAGGAGACCUGGCCCAACCCUGGGCACCUGUGCCGCAUGUCAGUGCCAUGGACAUAGUAAUAUGUGUGACCCUGAAACCUCUAUAUGUCAGAACUGCAGGCACAACACCGCUGGCGAUCAUUGUGAGAGGUGCGCAGUUGGAUUCUAUGGGAAUGUCCGAGGCUCUCCAGAGGACUGCCAUCCUUGUGCGUGUCCUCUGACCAUUCCCAGCAACAACUUUAGCCCUUCUUGUGUUGCGGAAGGUCUCAGUGAUCACCGGUGUACCGCUUGCCCACCUGGAUAUGAAGGCCAGUACUGUGAAAGAUGUUCCCCUGGCUUCUCCGGUGACCCAAGAACUCCAGGAGGGUCCUGCCAAGAAUGUGAGUGUGAUCCAUACGGUUCACUGCCUAUCCCCUGUGACCCUGUCACCGGACAGUGCACCUGCAAACCUGAAUCCACAGGGUGGACUUGUGCAGGCUGCAAGCACCAGCAUGUGCGUGAUGGCAUGGAGUGCAUUUUUUGUGAUGAUGAAUGCAUAGGACUCCUUCUAAGCGACUUGGAUCGACUAAACCAGAUGACUCUGAGUGUCAACCUCAGUGGCCCGCUGCCUCCUCCAUAUAAAAUGCUGUAUGGCUUUGAGAACACAACACAGGAAUUAAAGCAUUUGCUAUCACCUCAGCGAGCACCAGAGAGACUCCUUCAGUUGGCACAAAAAAACCUGGAUACCCUCGUGACAGAGAUGGACGAGCUACUGACAAGGGCUACCAAGGUGACGGCAGAUGGAGAACAAACCGGGCAGGAUGCUGAGAGGACUAAUGAGAGAGCCACGUCUCUUGGACAGUUCAUCAAGGACACACUCCAGGCUGCGGAAGCUGUAAAUGAAAAUGCUGUAAAACUGAAUGAGACACUCCGAAUCCAAGAUAAGACCCUGGAGAAAAGUCUUCAGGCUCUGCAGAGUGAUAUUGAUAGAAUGAUGAGAGAACUGAGGAGAAGAAAGUUGAAUGUGCAAGAAAGGGCAGCCCAAGAUGAGUUAGAAAAUGCAGAAGCCCUUUUGAACAAAGUGAAGAAAUUAUUUGGAGAGCCCAGAGAGAAAAAUGAGGAGCUCAAGAAUGAGGUCAGGGACAAGAUGGCAGAUUACAAAAACAAGGUUGACGAUGCUCGAGACCUGCUGAGAGAAGCCAGUAGUAAAAUUAGGGAAGCCAAUCGCUUAUCUGCAAUCAACCAAAGAAACAUGACAGUGAUAGAGAAAAGGAAGCAAGCUGUAGAAAGUAGCAGACAAGAGGCCGAGAAAACACUAAAAGAGGGGAAUGACAUCUUGGAUGAAGCCAGCCGUCUUGCAGAUGAAAUCAAUUUAGCUGUGGAGUAUGUAGAAAACGUGUGGGAUAAAAUACAACCACUCGCUGAUGAGCUGAAGCUUAAAAUAGACGAUCUAUCCCAAGAUAUUCAGGAUAGGAUGCUUCCAGAAAAGGUGUUGCAGGCUGAGAACCAUGCAGCCCAACUGAAUGAAUCAUCUGCAAUACUGGAUGGAAUCCUUGCUGAAGCUAAAAACCUCUCAUUCAAUGCCACUGUAGCUUUCAAGGCGUAUAGCAAUAUCAAGGACUAUAUCGAUGAAGCAGAGAGAAUCGCCAGGGAGGCCAAGGCCCGUGCAAAUGAAGCUAUGCAACUGGCAUCUGGUCCUCAAGGAUCACUGAAGGAUGGUGCCAAGAACUCGCUUCAGAAAAGCUUCAGGGUUCUUAAUGAGGCCAAGAAGUUAGAAAAUGAUGUUAAAGAAAAUGGGGAUAACUUGAAUAGUAUGCAGAACAGGUUGAAAAAUGCUGAUGAAAAGAAUUCUGAUCUCCUGAGAGCUUUGAAUGACACCUUUGGAAAGCUGGCAGCCAUUCCUAACGAUACAGCUGCAAAAGUGCAAGCAGCUAAAGAUAAAGCUGGACAAGCCAACACCACUGCAAAUGAUGUACUGGCUAGGAUUAAAGACCUCAACCAGAACCUCCUUGGCUUAAAGAACAACUACAGCAAAUUAGCAGAUGAUUUGGCCAAAACAAAUGCUGUUGUGAAAGAUUCCACCAAGAACAUUGCUGAUGCAGAUGCCACUGUAAAAACCCUAGAAAAAGAAGCAGAUCGGCUACUGGAUAAACUCAAACCAAUCAAAGAACUUCAGGAUAAUUUGGGGAAAAACAUCUCUCAGAUAAAAGAACUGAUAAACCAAGCCCGGAAACAGGCCAAUUCUAUCAAAGUCUCUGUGGCUUCUGGAGGUGACUGCAUUCGCACGUACAGACCGGAAAUAAAGAAAGGAAGCUACAACACUGUCAUUGUCAAUGUGAAGACAGCAGUAGCCGACAACCUUCUUUUUUAUCUUGGAAGUGCCAGAUUUACUGACUUCUUGGCCAUAGAGAUGCGUAAAGGCAAGGUGAACUUCUUGUGGGAUGUUGGAUCUGGCGUUGGACGAGUUGAGUAUCCAGAUCUGACCAUUGAUGAUGCAUUUUGGUACCGGAUUGAAGCCUCUAGGACUGGAAGAAAUGGCACAAUUUCAGUACAAGCUCUGGAAGGUCCCAAAGCAACCAUCAUGCCAAGUACCUUCAGUGCAGUCGCUCCACCUGGUUAUACUAUUCUGGAUGUAGAUGCAAAUGCUGUGUUGUUUGUUGGCGGUCUAACUGAUAAAAUUAAGAAAUCAGAUGCUGUAAGAGUCACUACCUUCACUGGCUGCAUGGGUGAAACUUACUUGGACAGCAAGCCCAUAGGACUGUGGAAUUUCAGGGACACAAAGGGUGACUGCAAAGGAUGUGCUAUCAGCCCACAGGUGCCAGACAGUGAGGGAACUGUUCAAUUUGAUGGAGACGGUUAUGCUUUGGUGAGCCGCCCAGUCCGCUGGAACCCCAAUGUUUCUAUGGUCAUGUUCAAGUUCAAGACCUUCUCUUCCAGUGCUCUGCUGAUGUACCUUGCUACACAUGACUUGAAAGAUUUCAUGAGCGUAGAGCUCAGUGAUGGGCAUAUAAAAGUCAGCUACGAUCUAGGUUCAGGUACAACUUCUGCUGUUGGCAACCAAAACCAUAAUGAUGGGAAAUGGAAAUCGUUCACCCUCUCAAGAAUUCAAAAACAAGCCAAUGUAUCAAUUGUAGACAUAGACACCAAUCAGGAAGAGAUCAUAGCAACAUCUUCUACAGGAAGCCAUUUUGGUCUCAACUUGAAAGCUGAUGAGAAAAUAUAUUUUGGUGGAUUGCCAACUCUCAGAAACCUGAGUAUGAAAGCAAGGCCUGAAGUGAACUUAAAGAAAUAUGCAGGCUGCCUCAAAGAUAUUGAAAUUUCACGAACACCAUAUAAUAUACUGAGCAGCCCUGAUUUUGUAGGCAUAACCAAAGGAUGCACACUGGAGAACCUUUACACAGUUAGCUUCCCCAAACCAGGUUUUAUGGAACUGCAGCCAGUCUCAUUUGACAUGGGUACAGAAAUCAACUUGUCCUUUAGCACCAAGAAUGAGUCUGGGGUCAUCUUAUUUGGCACAGCGGGGACACCUAUACCCCCAAGGAGAAAACGCAGACAGACUGGGCAGGCCUAUUAUGCAGUGUUCCUGAAUAAAGGUCGAUUAGAAGUGCAUAUCUCCACCGGAAUACGAGAUCCACGCAGGAUCACCAUCAAGCCUGAAUCCGGUGAUUUUCAUGACGGUAGAGCACACUCCAUCCGGAUAGAAAGAAUCAAAGGGAUGUUUACCGUUCAAGUAGAUGAAGACAGAAGCCAGACUCAGAGGCUACCUACUGAUCAGUCUAUAACUGUUAAAAAACUCUUUGUGGGAGGGACCCCACCUCACUUUCAGGUUGCGCCUAUCAGGAACAUACCCCCUUUUGAGGGUUGCAUAUGGAAUCUUGUCAUCAAUGCCAUCCCCAUGGACUUCGCUCAGCCUGUGUCCUUCAAAAAUGCAGAUAUAGGCCAGUGUCGCACUCUGGAACCCGAGACCAGACUUCCUGAAGGAGAAGAUGAAGAUGAAGCUACCCCUGCUUCUGUCUUGAUCCAACCUGAACCUGAUGGUAAAGAGGAGAAAGAGAGCACAACUGCCACCCCCAGGUUUUCUUCCUCUCCUCCUCCACCACCAUCACCUUCACCUCCUACACAUGACUUGUUUGCCACUGAAGUGAAGAGCGCCAGCAUUUCAGCUGACUUUGACGUCAUCACGGACUCUUGUGCUGCUGAUACAGAGCCAGCUGUUUUGGAGGGUGGCAAACAAUUUGGUCUUUCAAGGAACAGCCAUAUUGCGGCUGCAUUUGAUGAUACCAAAGUGAAGAACAGGCUCACAAUUGAAUUGGAAGUCCGAACAGAGGCUGAAUCUGGCUUGCUUUUUUAUAUGGCCCGGAUCAACCAUGCUGAUUUUGCCACUGUUCAGAUAAAGAAUGGACUGCCUUACUUCAGCUAUGACCUGGGAAGUGGGAACACCAGCACAAUGAUUCCAAACAAAAUCAAUGAUGGCCAGUGGCACAAGGUAAAAAUAUUUCGAACCAAGCAAGAAGGAAUCCUUUUAGUAGAUGGUGUUUCAAACAGGACCACCAGUCCCAAGAAGGCCGAUAUCUUGGAUGUUGUGGGAAUGCUGUUUGUCGGAGGAUUGCCCAUUAACUAUACAACACGAAGAAUCGGUCCAGUCACCUACAGCAUUGAUGGUUGCAUCAGAAAUUUUAAGAUGACAGAGGCUUCUGUUGACCUGGAUAAUCCAACCUCCAGCUUCAAUGUUGGCAAAUGCUUUACCAAUGCAGAGAAAGGAACAUUCUUUGAUGGAACAGGCUUUGCCAAAACAGUUGGAACAUUUAAAGUGGGAACAGACCUACUAGUGGAGUUGGAAUUCCGUACUACUCGAAUGAAUGGUGUUCUGCUGGGAAUCAGCAGCCAAAAAAUGGAUGGACUCGGUAUCGAGCUGGUAGAUGAAAAACUGAUGUUCCAUGUGGAUAAUGGCGCAGGCAGAUUCUCUGCCAUCUAUGAGCCUGACAAACCAGGCAGCUUGUGUGAUGGACAGUGGCACAAGGUUACUGCAAACAAGAUCAAGCACCGAUUAGAAUUGACUGUGGAUGGGAAUCAGGUGGACCGAAGCAGCCCAAAUGGAGUCUCCAGUUCUGCGGACACUAAUGAUCCUGUCUUCGUUGGAGGAUAUCCUGAUGGUCUGAACCAGUUUGGCCUGACUACAAAUAUCCGUUUUAAAGGAUGCAUUCGCUCGCUGAAGCUCACCAAAGGCACUGGUAAACCUCAGGAGAUUAGCUUCAGCAAAGCCUUGGAGCUGAAGGGAGUUCAGCCUCUAUCAUGCCCUGCAAACUAACAUGAGAUCAUUCAACUUUGACAUGCAUCUGAUUGUUUUAAGUGCCUACAUUUAAAAAAAAAUGUUAUAUACAGUACAUUAAUAAAAUGUCUUUGUGCAAGUAUUUUGAGUUCUGUCUGUGAUAUUUAAAUGGCUUUAUUUCAAGGUAGCUCCAAAAGAAGAUUAAAUUAGUAAUCAUUCAUUUCUUCUUUCUUUAACUGAAUAAAGCAAUAAAUUACUCUAA